AUGGGUCUGAACCAGCCAGAACAGCCACUAAACCUCACACUCCAUGACCUGUCUACGCAAAGCCUUGACCAAGAAAUGAAGGACCACCUUUACAUCACACGUCAAGAGACAACGUCCACUAUUGAUGCUUUGAUUACCGAACUGGAAGAAGAGGAUGGCAAAGAACCCGACCCAGAAGUUGUCACGAUUGGCCCCGGAACCGAUCGAGUCACCGACCCAUGUUUACUGAAGACUGACCUUUCAAUGGGGUUGACAGAUGAAGAAGUCCUUUCUUCACGUCGCAAGUUUGGCUGGAAUAGUCUCAAAGAAGAACGCUGCAGUCCCAUUCUGAAGUUCGUCAUGCUAUUCAUCGGGCCUGUACAGUUUGUCAUGGAGCUAUCGACACUCCUCGCGGCUGGUCUACGGGACUGGAUUGACUUUGCUGUCAUUUGGGGUUUGUUGUUACUCAAUGCCAUCGUCAGCUUCGGUCAAGAAUACCACGCUGACAACAUUGUCAAUGAUCUGAAGAAAACACUUGCUUUAAAGGCAACCGUGAUCCGUAAUGGCCAGAGAAAGGAGAUCCCAGCGGAAGACGUCGUCCCUGGAGAUGUUAUCGAAGUUGAAGAUGUAGGGAUCUGCCCGCCAAUAUGGCCAAUCGAAUCUGCUGACUUUCUCCAGGGUACGAUCAUCCCCGCAGAUGCCAUUAUCGUCACGCCGAGUGCACAUCUACAGGUCGACCAGUCUUCGGUUACCGGGGAAUCAUUAGCGGUCGACAAAUACGCUGGGGAACGUUGUUUUGCGUCCUCCGCCGUAAAACGAGGCUCUGCUCAACUCGUCGUCACUCUUAUCGGCGACCACACCUACGUUGGGAGAGCCGCUGCGUUAGUGAACCAAGCAUCCCAAGGGAAGGGUCACUUCACCAUUGUCCUUGGUCGAAUCAGUAUGAUACUUUUGAUCCUUGUCCUCAUCACGCUCUUUAUAGUCUGGAUCGCUUGCUUCUAUCGAUCGAGCCACAUCAUUGACAUCCUCGAGUUUACACUGGCAAUCACAAUCAUUGGCGUACCGGUCGGCCUACCGGUCGUUGUAACAACGACUCUGGCCGUGGGAGCUUCUUUGCUUGCCAAGAAAUCUGCCGUGGUUCAGAAAUUAACUGCCAUCGAGUCACUUGCAGGAGUACAGAUCCUCUGCACCGAUAAGACUGGAACCCUAACGCGUAACAAGCUUACCCUCGGAGAUCCAUAUACAGCUCCUGGCGUCGACAAAGACGACCUUAUGAUCACCGCUUGUCUAGCCGCUAAUCGGACAAGGAAGGGAAUGGACGCUAUCGAUCGGGCAUUCGUGAAGUCAUUGAGGUUUUACCCUGAGGCCAAACGCCAGAUACCUUCAUACGCUCUUGUUGAAUAUCAUCCUUUCGAUCCUGUGUCGAAAAAAGUGACCGCAGUCGUGGAGGCCUCUGAUGGUACCAGAGUCAUUUGUGUCAAAGGCUCUCCUAUCGUGGCUCUUAACACGGCCAUGGAGGAUGGCUCCAUUCCGGACAGUAUUAUCGACGCAUACAACAGCAAAGUCAAGGAAUUUGCGUCGCGUGGAUUUCGCUCUCUGGGCGUUGCCCGCAAGUGUGAGGCUGGCUCUUGGGAACUCCUUGGAAUCAUGCCAUGCUUAGACCCGCCGCGAUUCGAUACCGCCUCGACGAUUAAGGAGGCGCAGCAUCUUGGACUGUCAAUUAAGAUGCUCACUGGAGAUGCGAUUGCAAUCGCCAAGGAGGCAGCUCGUCAGCUAGGGCUUGGCACCAACAUUUAUAAGCCUGAAGAACUUGGAGUUACCGGGGCUGGAGAUCUUCCGGGAUCUGAAGUCAAUGACUUUGUGGAGGGCGCUGACGGCUUUGCGGAGGUCUAUCCGGAGCACAAGUAUGCAGUGGUUGAAAGGCUCCAAAACCGCGGAUAUCUUGUCGCGAUGACCGGCGAUGGAGUCAACGAUGCUGCCUCCUUGAAGAAGGCUGACACCGGGAUUGCUGUGGAAGGUGCGUCUGAUGCAGCGCGAUCUGCCUCAGACAUCGUCUUCCUCGCACCCGGGCUAUCGGCAAUUGUCGAUGCCAUCAAAGCCUCCCGUCAAAUCUUCCAUCGGAUGUACUCCUAUGUGAUUUAUCGCAUCGCAUUGUCUCUUCAUUUGAUGUUGUUCUUUGGCUUAUGGAUUGUCACUCUCAACCGAAGCCUGGAUCUGCGCUUAGUGGUCUUUUUGGCGAUCGGUGCAGACAUUGCCACACUUGCUAUUGCCUACGAUAAAGCGCCUUACUCGUCAACACCAGUCAAGUGGAACGAGCCCAAGCUCUGGGGGAUCGCUGUCAUUUUGGGUGUGGUCCUAGCGGGCGGGUCGUGGCUCGCAUUGGGAACGAUUCUGGUUUACGGAGAGGGAGGAGGGAUUGUUGAGAACUUCGGGGCACGGGACAUGGUCCUGUUCCUCGAGAUUGCCUUGACUCAAAAUUGGUUGAUCUUCAUCACUCGACUAAACCCUGACAUCGAGAGCUCUGGAUGGAAGCAGCGGCUCCCAUCACUGAAGCUCUUCCUGGCUGUUUUCUUGGUGGACGUGGCCGCGACCCUUGCUUGUGGAUUUGGCGUCUUGGAGCACCCUCGUACGAGCUUUGUAGCCGUGAUCCGCGUUUGGGUAUUUUCGGUUGGAGUCAGUGUUGUCUGUGCAAUAAUGUAUCUCUGGCUCGCUCAGGCCCAGUGGUUCGACGAUGUGAUGCACGGUCGAAGUUUCCGACACAAAUCCCGCGAGCGAUCGUGGGAAGACUUUAGUAAGUUGGACCCUGAAUUGGCUGAAUUCUGA